CAAGACCCGAAGCUUUAAAGUUAUUCUGUAUCAAUUUCGUCUUCCUCCUUCUAGGGUUUCUACAUCUUCUCGUUUUUUCCAUUUCUGGAAACCGUUAAAGGCGUCUUCUUGUUCCUGGGGGGUGAAAUGGAGGAAACAGAAGAAGCGUACCAGAAGAAAGAGCGAGCUUCACUUGUAGCCAUUGUCGUUCUUGCUUGCCUUGCUCUGUCAUCUUUGUUCGUCGCCUUUAGCUACUACUGCUAUAUCCGUAACAAAGUUUCCAAGCGUCACAGAAUCAACAAGAAGUUUGACUGCGAGGAGAAAGGUGAUUGUCAAGAACAACAAGAAGUUACUGACAAGGGGAUACAGGUUUUCACUUUCAAGCAACUACAUUCAGCAACUGGUGGGUUUAGUAAGUCGAAUGUGGUUGGUCAUGGUGGGUUUGGAUUGGUUUACCGUGGUGUGCUUAACAACGGGAGAAAAGUUGCUAUCAAGUUUAUGGAUAAUGCAGGAAAGCAAGGCGAAGAAGAGUUCAAGAUGGAGGUUGAGUUACUGAGCCGUCUGCGUUCACCCUACUUGUUGGCACUUCUUGGUUAUUGCUCAGACAAUAGUCAUAAACUGCUUGUGUACGAGUUCAUGGCCAAUGGCGGUCUGCAGGAACACCUCUAUCCUAAUAACAGGUCUGGUUCUGUCCCAUUGAGAUUAGACUGGGAAACUCGGAUGAGAAUAGCUCUGGGAGCUGCAAAAGGCUUGGAGUAUCUCCAUGAACAAGUAUCACCUCCAGUGAUUCACCGAGACUUCAAGAGCAGCAAUGUUCUGCUUGACAGAAACCUCCACACCAAGGUUUCAGACUUCGGAUUGGCUAAAGUAGGAUCAGAUAAAGCUGGUGGGCAUGUCUCUACACGUGUACUAGGCACACAAGGAUACGUUGCUCCUGAGUAUGCUCUAACUGGCCACUUGACUACAAAAUCAGAUGUCUAUAGCUACGGCAUUGUCUUGUUAGAGUUACUAACCGGGAGGGUUCCGGUAGAUAUGAAGAGAGCUACUGGAGAAGGAGUUCUUGUAUCUUGGGCUUUGCCUCAACUGGCUGAGAGAGACAAAGUGGUGGACGUAAUGGAUCCAGCACUUGAAGGGCAGUACUCGACCAAAGAGGUUGUUCAGGUUGCAGCAAUAGCAGCAAUGUGUGUUCAAGAAGAAACUGAUUACAGACCGUUGAUGGCAGAUGUGGUGAAGUCAUUGGUUCCUUUAGUGAGAAGCCGUGGGUCAGGCUCAAAGGUUAGUGGAUGCUCUAGUAGCUUUAGCUUGGCUCGCUCUCCUAACUUACCCGAUAAAGCAAGCGUCGGUUCUCAAUAAAAUCAAAGAAACCAAGGUUUUUUUAAGUUUUUUAUGUACUAAGGGAGUUUGUUAAGGCAGUGUAUAAUGUAACAGUGGAUGUUUUUACUAAAAUAUAAACUUUCAAAACUCUGUGUAUAAAUUUUAAUCAAGGUACUGAAUGUUAUGUAACA